AGUUUUUUGAACGCUUCACACAAAUCGUGUCGCUUGAUCGUGAUGUCGUCGCGUCGAUUGUAAGAAUUCGUGCAGAGACUGUGGAUUGCGGCCCAUGAAAAGGGCCGGCUGUUGUAGCUAACCGGGGCUAACCUCUGUCAGGAUGACUUACAAGCUAAAACGAGAAAAGUUAAAACAGUGGAUGACGACGGAGUUUGGUCGGCCCCCGAACAUAUUACCCAGUAAACACCGUUUGGAAGGGCUUUGUGCUGGACCACGGGCAGAUAUUUGGACGUAUGUCACCGAUCGUGUUUUUCAUCAAAGAACUGUGAAGAUAAUACGUGGAAAUCUCCGGUGGUAUCAAUUGCAUAUAAGAGAUGAGGCUCAGAAAAACGUGGCGGGCGAACAAAGAGAUUCUGCAAAGAAAAAACUGCUUCGAACAAGGAUAAAGUUGCUAAGAACUGAGAUCACAUCACUGGACUCACGAUUCCAAGAACCAGACGAGGAAGUUGUCAUACAAGAGGACAGACUUCAGUCUAUGUGGGCCAAGGUGAAGGACUACAAAUUGAAAGAGAUGCUUCUUUAUGACUUCUGGCUUUGCUGCGUUUCCUGCCACAAGAUGCUCACUGAUUAUACGCAAAAGACUAGUGAAAAAUGUGCUGUUCUGGAAAAGAUGGAUCAAUUUGCAUCCUCUGGAGAUCUGUUUUACUUUGAGAAUUAUGGCGAUUAUGAGCAACCUCAAGGGAAUGUGGUACUUGAACCACCAGUUCUGAGUGAAGUCACAAUGCUGAGAGACAACUUCUUACAGAAUUCAAAGCAAAAUGCGAAAUGUAUUGAAGCAAUAAAAAACACUGCGAUACAGGACGCUACAAUGACAAAGUGGCUGGAUGAUGUGCAGAAUGUGUGGGGUAAUUACCUACCAAGCCAUCUUCUGGCAUCAUUGAGACAUUUUGCUCUAAAAGAGCAAUUCGACCUGAAGCAGAAAACGGCUUCUCUGGAUCAGGAAACGGGAGCAUCAGCUCAGGCGCCCGACUUUAAAGAGGAUCACAAAUUGGACAUGCCAACAGAGGAGGACAAAGACCUGCCCCCGGUUAAUCCACUGGUCGAGGAUGCUAGGAAGCGGGUGAAGAAGCUUUGGGUAGCCUUGGCCAAGACUCGCUCCAGAGUGCAGACAUUCAAAAAUCAGCUUGAGUCCUGUGAGAAGGAGGCUCAGAAGAAGAUAUCAGACCAGUUUCCCAAUGAUUCUUCAACACUGUUAGUUUUCAAGGUGGACCUGCAUCGUGUAAUGCGUGCAGAAAUCAGAGAUCACAUCAAAAAAUGCGGCAAGGAACUUGAACAAUCUAUUGAAUGUGAGCCACAAAAACACCUCCGCAUGAAGCACGGCUGUGUAGUGGCCCUAACACAGAAACUGAAGAAAUCAAAGAAGGUGAUCAAAAACGGAAAUGAAACGAUCUUGAUGUUCAGGACACAGAUAGUUCAUUUUCACACCGAGCUACAAGAACUGAUCCAUACAAAGCUUGUGCGACUUAUUGAAGACAUCAUCACUUCAGCCAGACUUCAGAAGAACGCCAUUGUUAAGGAGGCCAGACAACUGCAAAUAACGCCUCUUACUUCAUUGGACCGCAGGAAUGUAGAAGGAGAACGAAGAAUUCCUGCGUUGCAGCUAUCGAUCAAUCACUUGCAAUCUCAAGCCUUCAACUGCUUGUGUCAGAAGCUGAAAUUCCCUCUGUACAAGACUCCCCAGGAAUUGUGGGCCAGCUUAUACUCCAAACAGCUUGAGUUGCGUUGGCUGCACUGUAAUAUGAAGCUUUCCUCCAAAAAUCUGCAGAAAACAAUCGAAAUGGCUCCGUGGCUGAGCUCAUGUGAUGACAGCGAUUGCCUGUCCCGCUUGACAGAAGCAGAUGCAAAGCACUUGAAGUCAGUGACAUUUAAAGCCAACUACCUUGUCCACUUUCUUCAGACUUCCCAUCGUUUGAAGUGCAGAUUGGAAUUUUUCAUGAGUAUUUGGCUGCGUCAGCCAGCUAAGCAUGCCCAACCAUGGAAAUCUGAAAGAGGAAGAACUUACGCUGAAUGGCUGAAAAGGUGGAACCGAGCCCUCGCCAGUUUAUAAUGGCUGCUGCAACCAUCCAUCUUCUGCGUCCAUCCAGCUUCGGCUCCAGAUCUUGUCUGUGUUCAGUUGACUCAGUUGAUGCCGGGUGAAGGGCGAGGUGCGCCCUGCACAUUUUGUCAGCCUAUUACGACAAACGCACACACACACAACCAAUUUAUCCUGUUGCACGUGCCAUUGGUCUGUGGGAUGAAGCUUUAGUGUCCACAGAAAAACACACAGAAGUUUCAAAAAAUGUAAAUAUGUACUGCAAGUCAAACACAAAUAUAUAAAAUAUCAAAAACAAAACAAACAAAAAAACAACACAACAAUUAACUGUAAAUAUUUUUUUUCUUUUUUAAACUGCAUUUAGAAUAGAGAACUAUAUCGGUUCAUCCUCUACUGUUCUUUCAUAAGGUACUUUAGUCAGUCCCAGUUGACUAUGAGUGAAGGUGGUCUAUCGUAGGGAAAAGUAGUGAAAAACAAACUAACACUCCACCUCUGAGCAAUAUUACAAUAAUCAGCUAACAAUGAAUGCGUGUGUUUGGAUUGUGAGAGGACACCUGGGGAAGAAUGUGCACAUUGAACUUUCCAACUCAACAUAGAAAACAUCCACAUCCAAGCCUGUUGUCAAACUGGUGACAAUCUCAGAGUGGCAGCAGUGCUAACUACCAAUAUGCACAAACGAUUUGUAACAGGUAAACAACCCUGGUCCCCAAAUGCCACUGUCCUGCAUGUUUCAGGUCUCUCCCCAGGCUUGUUAUUGGGCUUCUAUACAAGUUUGAUGAGACUUGAGGUGUCCUGAAACGGGAACGGAGAUAAAACAUGCAAGAAGUCGGCACUGGAGGCCUGGAAUUGCCUAGUCCUGAUUUAUAAACAGCAGAUCUUUUACUAAUGCUCUGAAGUGUAACUCUGACUCAGCCAUACUUUUUGAUUGAAUAUACCCUUGGCCGUAAGAAACACUUUUUUUUUUUGUCUUUGUCAUU